AUGGCUUUUGACCUGGAGCAGUGGCUGUGCCACAGCAACAUCCGCUUCGUGGCCUCCAUCAAGCGCAUCGUGGAGCGGUAUAAUCAUCCUUUUCAAGAUGAUUUCCUUGUUUCCAUGGAAACUCUCACUUACAAUACGCCUGAAGGACCAAAAACAUGGGGAGAAGUGUCAACCAGGAAGCUUAAAAAAUGGAGGAAGAAAAUACUGAAGCAUGAUAGAGGAAGUCAAAGGAAUGCAGAUCAAGAAAGUGAUGCUGAUAUAGUUUCAAUAAGAAGAAAAUUUGAAGACAUUCACUUCCAGAAUCCCUGUGUUGAAGAUGGAAAAAAUCAAGAGAAAGGACAAGUUAAAGUGGAUGUGAUAGUACAAGAUUACACUAGAGAAAUUCCCAGGUGGAUUAUGAUGGCACCUCAAGGCUCAUCAGGAGAUCUUCAUUUAUCUUUACCCCUGCAAGAACUGAUUGGCAACCAGGAGGCUGUUUGCAGAAAAAAAGAGUUGUCAAAUGAGUGUUCUUCAUCUAGACAUCUACAGUUAGAAUUUUCUGGUAUUCCAAUUCCACCAGAUACCAUAACCCUACACAGACAUCGACCUUCUCCAGAAAUGAACAAAACUUGCUGGGAUAGUAUCGUGGAAGAAUACCAGUCUGCAGAUGAGGAAUGCUCCUGGAACAGUGCGACUCUGGCAGACUUGUAUCCGGCGAUGGUAGAGAUCUUUACAAGGCUCAUGACAAAGCAGUUUCAGAGAAGAGAGUUAAGAUGUGCGUUUGGACAUUUACGGCAUAGAAAGUGGUGGUCUAGAAGACCAAAGCUCAAUUUCACUAUAGACAAAAUAAGACAGCUCAGACCUUUUAAACUGAAGCAAGCCCUACCCAGCAUAUGCAGCAGUAGAAGUGAAGACAUUCAUAAUCAAACUUUUAGAAAUGAGAACAGAGAACCUAAUUCCAUUAACAAUUUAUCCAGUGUGCCUCAUUCUUACAUUGAUACUGAUGAAAUAAAAAUCGACUAUACAGACUCAAGUUUAGAACAUCAUUUUUUCUCUGGAAAAGGCCAAAAAGUUUCCAAACAGGCUGUUUUUCCUAAUGGUAUAGCGAGAAUGGGGGAGACAUUUCUAGUUGAGGAUGAGGUACAGACUGCUGUCUCGCUGAAGAAUUCAAAAUGCAAAGGAAGUGAAAAAUUGGCUUACAAAUGUUCCUCAGAACACCGUUUUGCCAGUUCAGGGCCAACAGCACCUCAUCUGGUAGAAAAGUGUAAAACUCAAAAACUUGACUUUCCUUGUGAUGCUACCACAGUAUUGUGUUCAUCUACUUGCAGUUCCUAUGGCAGUAGUAACAGCUUGACACCUGUCUCAAGUUCUUCUCUUACAAGAACAUCAAAUACUUUGCUCAUAAAUCCUGAAAAAAUAAUUCCCGAAAGACAGAUUUCUCUCCAGUGCAAACACUCGUUUUCCUCAUUGUCUAUGAAGCAGAGUCCUUCAAAGAUGCCCCAGAAAUAUGAAGAUGCAUUUGAAAACCUCUAUUACAAACUAAGUUCCAACGAAAUCCAAAAGCCUUUGUCAUCAACAAGACCACUUUCAAAUUCACAGAACCUUGAAGAGAAAGGAAGACAAGUGAAAUGUAGUUUAAGUGUUUCUGUGAGGUCCGAUACACAGUAUGACAGAGAAUUUGACAGGAUCUAUGAGCAGUUGUGUAGUAAGGCUGUUAGAAAACUUCCUGGAUUCCAAAGAGCUUCAAAUUUAAGGAAAUACGAAGGAGUACAGAUGUCUGAAACUGUAAAUGCUCUUGUCAACUCACCCAUUCAAACUUUUUCUGCAAUUUCCAGAAUUAAAAGACUAGGAAAUUUUCAAAAUGGUCUUCUUUGUUCACCAGUAAAGCGACUGAAAAGUAUACCAGAAUGUUAUUUUCCUUCAACAAAACGUCAACAGCUUUGUCGCAGAAAAAACUUGAAACUUCACAGUGUUGAUACCGAUUUUUUGAGCACAUACAAGGACAGUAACUCCAGCUUUUUUGACAGUCACAUCUCUGAGAGUAUGGACUCUGGAUGUCAUGCUUCUUCAGAUAAAACUUUUAUUGUUCCUCAUACUUCUCUUCAAGAAUCUGGGAUUACAGAUGCCCACUCUGGCUGGCUGGAGGCAAUGAAGAAUUACAGCUUACCUGGAAAUAGACAGAAGUGUCAUCAGAGGGUAUCCAGAAAACUAAGCUACACUGAUGGGAAAGACUGAAAUCCUAGCAAUACCUUGGCCAACUGCCUGGUCAAGAGUCACCAGGAAGAAUUCACAGACUGCUACAGAGAAAACAAUUUUAUAAAAUGUUGUUUUGUUUUU